AUGCCUGGUAUGGUGGCAAUGAAACCGGAAGUGCUAUCGCGGAUGUUGUCUACGGUGCCGCAAACCCUAGCGGCAAGCUACCGCUCAGCUUCCCUCAUCGCAACGAAGACAAUCCUGCAUUUUUUGAAUUUCCGCCGUGAGUGGGGUAGCACGAGAUAUGGCGAAGGUGUCUAUAUCGGAUACCGCUUUCAUGAGAAAUGCAAGAGAGAAGUGGAAUUCCCCUUUGGUCAUGGGCUGAGCUAUACCACGUUCACUUUGACCUCGCUUUAUCUUGAGACUACCGACGAGGAUCUUGUUGUCAGUGUCGAUGUUCAAAACACUGGCAAGGCCCAGCCAACCAACCCAUAA